AUGGCAGAAGGUGCAGAGGGAGACCAUGGCAGAGAGAGGCAGAAGCAUUUCUACUACGACUAUUCCUAUUGGUCAGCAAAAAGUAGUGACCCACAUUUUGCUUCACAAGAACAGGUACAUAAAGACCUAGGUGAGGAUGUGCUGGAGAAUGCCUUUGAGGGUUACAAUGCCUGCAUCUUUGCCUACGGACAGACUGGUUCUGGGAAAUCCUAUACCAUGAUGGGAAAUCAGAAUACACCUAAUCAGCAAGGCCUUACACCCAGGAUUUGUGAGGGUUUGUACUCACGAAUUGAAGCUAAUGAUGAAGAGGGCAUUUCCUACAGAACUGAAGUUAGCUACCUAGAAAUCUACAAUGAAAGAGUUCGUGACUUGCUGAGAACACCAAGGAAAGGCAUGGCCUCAGGCCACACACUCAAGGUGCGGGAGCAUCCCAAGGAAGGACCAUAUGUGCAAGACCUAUCCAAACAUCUUGUUCAGGACUAUGGAGACAUAGAACAGCUGAUGGACAGGGGAAACAAUAUCAGGACUACAGCCUCCACCAAUAUGAAUGAUGUCAGCAGUAGAUCACACGCCAUCUUCACCAUUGUGUUUACACAGGCCAAGUUUAACAGGGAGAUGCCCAGUGAGACUGUGAGUAAGAUCAACCUGGUGGACCUGGCAGGCAGCGAGAGGGCCAGUGCAACAGGUGCCACUGGGGACAGGUUAAAGGAAGGAGCGAACAUCAACAAAUCCCUGGUAACUCUGGGGAACGUCAUCUCCACUCUAGCGGACCAAUCCAUUGCCAGCUCCUCAGCUCAUGGCAGCAAGAAGAAGUUCUUCAUUCCAUACAGAGACUCCGUCCUCACCUGGCUGCUCAAGGAUAGCCUGGGGGGAAACUCCAAGACAAUCAUGAUCGCAACAAUCUCUCCUGCAGCUGUUAACUAUGGGGAGACCCUCAGUACACUUCGCUAUGCAAACAGAGCCAAGAACAUCAUCAACAAACCCACCAUCAAUGAGGAUGCAAAUGUGAAGUUGAUCCGUGAACUACAAGCAGAAAUUGGAAGGUUAAAGUCCUUGCUUGGGGGAGAUGCUGGUGUGUCCAGUAUGUCUCCAUUUGGUCCACACGAGGCAGAGCUGAGGAAGCUCCAGCAGAAUGAAGCUCAGGUGAAAGAGCUAACAGCACAGUGGAUGAACAAGUGGAAGGAGACAUACGAUAUCAUGAAGGAGCAGACCCUGGCCCUGAGGAAGGAGGGGUAUGGGGUAGUGUUGGACUCAGAACUACCACAUCUCAUUCGCAUUGAUGAUGACCUUCUCAGUACAGGAAUCACACUCUACAGGCUAAAGGAGGGAAAGACUCUGAUUGGCAGAGAAGAUGCCAACCCCAAACCUGACAUAAUCUUGUGGGGCAUCGACUUGGAGAGCAAUCACUGUGAGAUCGAGAACAGCAACGGCAAGGUCACCCUCCUCCCCAACAACAAUGCCCUCUGUUCCGUCAACGGAGAUAUUGUCAACACGCCAACUCAGCUUAACCAAGGUGCUGUGAUCCUGCUGGGCAGGACCAACAUGUUCAGGUUCAACCACCCUGCAGAGGCAGCCAAGCUCAGGGCAGAAAGGAAGGUUAGUGGACACUACAACAUUAUGAGCCACUCCAUGACAGACCUGUCAGCCAUAGAUGAGAACCUCAAUCCUGCCAUGCUCUUCAACCCAGGGAUGGAGUUGGAGAGAAAGCAUAGAAUACAGUUGGAAAAGUUGGAAGAAAAAAGACGCCAUAUUGAGGAACUUGAGGAGGAACAUCGUAAAGCGGAAGAUGAGAGGAUGGCAGAGCAGAGGGCCAAGGAGCAGGAACUAGAACAGAGAAGGCUACAGGUGGAGAAGCUUCAGCAGGAGAGCCUGACAGUGAAACGUGAGGCUGAGGAGGUUCACAAGAAGAUAAAGAAGGAGCAGGAUGCCCUGAAGAGGAGGAGCAUGGACAUAGAGAAACAGCUCAGGGACUACAUGCAGGAGAAGGAGAAAUUCCAGGUGGAGAAAAUCCAGGAGAUCCAGGCCAGGGAGGUGGAGCGGGCCCAGUUUGAGCAGGAGAGGAAAGAGCGAGUCCUGGAGCGGCAGAAACUGGAGAAGGAGAAUGAGGAGAUCAAGCUGAGGAUGCAGGAUGAACUCCAGAAACUUGUGGAGAUGGAGGAAAAACAGAAGCAAACUGCUGAGGCAGCCAAACAACAAAUAGCCACCGAACUGUCCAGUCUGGAGACAGAGAGGCAACAGCAGAAGGAAAGGUUGGAGGCAGAAAUGAGGAGGCUUGCUGAACAGGAAGCUGUGCAGAGGGAUCGGGCACAGAAGUUUGAAGAGGACAUCCAGCGACAGAGGGAGGAACUGCAGCAGGAGAAGGAUGAGGAGAUGAGGCUGGUGGAGGAGGAAAAAAGAAAGGUUGAAGAGCUGAAGAGUGAGUUAGGAAGACUGAGGACGGAUGCCAACACCCAAAAACAGGACCACCAAAAGGAGCUACAGCUAGCUGUACAAAGGUUUGAAGAACUUGAGAGAGAAAAGAUGUCAGCCAUUGCUAAGAAAGAAGAGAAGCUGCAGAAGAAGAAGGACAAGUUGGAGAGGGAGAUCAAAGAUGGCCGCCAGCAGCUGGACUCCGACCUUGAGUUCCUGCACCACCGCGAGGCCAGGCUCAAACAGAUCAGCGAGAUGGUGGACUUCGAAAAUGACGAGGAGAGACACGAGGUGGAGCGGGAGGCACAAGCCAUCGAACAGGAGAGGAUGAGACUGAAAGAUCAGGAGCAGUGGCUGAGUGACAAGGAGAAAGAACUAGAGGGCAUCAUCGCAACAGACCUGAAGGUCAUAGAGGAAGAAAAGGCAAACCUUCAGGAAGAGUUGAGUAAAGAAAAGAUCAAGAUCGACAACAUGCAGAUGUCACAGUCCACCAUAGAGCGGCAGAUAGAGGAGAGUAGUGCAGCCUUGGAGAGGAGGACCACUAAGAUCAUGCAGGAUGAUGAGAGGCUGAACGAGCUGGAGAGGCAGAGGAAGGUCACAGUCUACACUCUGGAGGAGGAGAAAAAACUGCUGGAGGAAGAGAAGCUGCAGUUGGAGAUCAUUGAGAAACAGCAAAGGGAGGAUGCUGAGGUUGCUCUGGCGGAGAUCAACAGGCGGCAGUGUCUGGUGGACCAGGAGACGCAGGAAGAGGUGGGGAAGAUCGAGAUGCAGCGCCGCAAGCUGGAGGACAGCACAUGGCUGAGAAACAACAGCUGGAGGAGAGGGUCAAGGAACUCCAAGUCAUAGAGGAACAGUACAAGAUGGCCAAGCAAGAACUCCUGGAGAAACAGCGCAAGUUUGAGGAGGAAAGACAGCUGGAACUUCAGAGAAUCGAGAUGGAAAAGGUCAACCUAAAGGAGCUGGAGGACCAAGAGAAGUAUGCGGAAGCUGUGAGAAACCCACUGGAGUCUCUUGUGGAGGAGGAGGUGGAGCGGCGGGUGCAGGAGGUCAAGCUGGAGCAGGAGCGCCGCCUAGCGGAGAGGGAUGAGAAGCACAAGCUGGAGCUGCAGCAGCAGAGGAGGGAGAUGGAGAGGGAGAUGAGGAAGAUGAAGAUGAAGUACCAGGCCAGGUCCUUGCCAACCUUGGCCACAGGGGAAGGGAGGUCACCCUCUCUUGACAGACAGGCCACUGUACAGAGCCCAACCGACUUCAGCUUGAAUAACAACCGUAGACACAAAACCCUGAAACUCAAGUAUGAUGCCAUUCUGAAUAGACCAGUGGACCUGGAUGUGACCAAGAUUAAGGACCCCAUCAAAAUAAGCAUUCCCCGCUUUGUCAUGCGAGGGUAUGGCAAGGAGGAGCACUUUGAGUUCGAGGUUAAGACUGAUGUGCUGGGGGAAGUCUGGACCAUCUUCAGGAGAUACAGCAAAUUCAGGGAGCUUCACGAAAUGAUGAAGGGCAAAUAUCCUGAGGAAUUCCCUCCAAAGAAACUUUUUGGCAACAAAUCUCAGAAACUGGCAGAAGAGAGAAGGGUGCAGUUAGAGGCCUACCUGAACAACUUCAUCGCUGUGUGCCUCAGGAACAAAGCCAGCCCGCUCUACCCACGCAAGGACAAGCCGUUCUCCAAGCGCACUCUCUGCGACUUCGCACCAUUCUUUAGAAAGGGCAUCUUCGAGUCCUCUGUGUAUCAAGUGGUAUAGGGAGGACAGUAUUUCCAAUUCCAGCUUCAGACUUAGAGGUUUGAUGGUAAUGAUUGCAAUCCAUUUUACUGAAGCAAUGGGAACUCAAAGCAUGAACUGUUAAAUCUCAGAGGUUCUCACUUUUGUAUAUUGCCUUCUUUUUAAGUGCGUUCAAGCAGAAAUGUCAUGAAGAGUGAAUGUGCAGUACAUAGUUUGUAUAGCACAACUUGGGAUUUGAACAUGGUAACCAUGGAGCAUGCUUUCUCUUUGCUUCUAAUAGGUGCUUACAUGUACAGUCAUAAAGCUCCAGUCACACAGUCGAUGAGUUUCCACUGUAAUUGUUGGUGGCCAGAAGGGGACUGAUCUUUACAAAUUGCAUGGUGAUUGAGAAAACACUAGGUGUAUUACUGCCAGUUAGGGCAAACAACUCAUAAGCUCCAUUUUCGUGCUAUGUGACAGGGCAUUACGACGGGCCAUUCAACAAAGCAACAUUGAGCCUAGAAUACAGCAUUCCAGUUAGUUCAACUUGACUUGCAUCAGUAAGAUUAAGAUUGUUAAGCUUACUUUCAUAUAGGAAAAUAUGCACAACACUUCAAAGUGCCUUGGACUACAGCAAUACAGGGAUAUGUUACCUUUAUGCAUUUUCAGGAUUAUCAGGAUUCUACUGAAUGAUGUAAAGAUUUCAGCUUAACACAUUCAAGAAGAGAGGAAAGAACCAGACUUUUACUGGACACCUCCCACUGACUAAGUCCACACUACAUGUAUAUGACAAGAUUGUACAAAUGUAAUGUAUGUAUGGAUGUAAAUAAUAAGUUUAAUUUGAUUGGCAUACAUCCGGAAACAGGAUGUAGACCAAUUAUUUAUUGAGAGGAACUAUCUACAAAGUAUCAUAUGGGGUAUUUUGUAUUCAUGUAUGUGUUAAAACAAGCCAUUGCUAGCUUCAGUGUUACUGGUAAGUAGUGGUUACACAAAUUAUGUGCAUGAAGAAAAAAGUCUUCCAGAUUUGUAGUCGCUAAUGGCUGUUCUAGGAAUCAGCAACAAAAACAUUUUGAAACAGGUAACAACAUGGGAGCGUUAGAGUAGGGGCGUGGUUGGGCACUACCUAAACCAUGCAACUUACAAGUAUUCAAAAUAAAAGUAGUGACAGGACAAAGUUCUUUUUGCAAAGUAAAGAAAUGUUGGUUAUUCUUCUAAGCCCUUUAUAGUGCUUGUACAACUGAUGUUAAACCAUGUACAGUGACCUAUGAAUUGCAUAGCAUGCACUAGUAUAGCUGAGAUAUCAGAAUGCAGCAAAACAAUCAUGAAAAUUUGUAAAGAUAUAAAUUAUUUGGAUACAUUUUUUAAAAACUGUUGCAAUAUUGCACUUAAUGUAAAUUCUCUGCAUGCUGUGUUUUCUUUUGCUUUUUGUUUAUCAUCUGUGUGAUGAUGCUACAUUUUGUAUGUCAACACUGAGUUGGCCCUUUUGCUUGCCAUACCAUAAGGUUUUCAUAUGGGUUACAUGUAAAAGUGCAAAAAAUAUAUAUUGUUAAAAUGCUAUGGUGCUGUUAACAUUACAAAUCAAGGAUAAGAUUUGCAUUUAUUGAUGUAUGGUGUCCGUGAGUGGACCACAAUAUAUUUAGGAAUAUAAUUUAUGCAUUUGAUGAUAUUGAAUUGUUGAUCAUGACAAUCUAUAAAUUUUACAUCUACAAAAAUGUUGCAAUUCAGCAUGAACGUUAAACUACCCCCUGGCACAUGCUGUUAAGUUGUGGUUUUUGUAUUGUUACACUAUUAGUUGGUUUCAGGCUUGAGAAUGAAUUUCAUAUGCUGUAUAUGAUAGCACAUCAGCAGUACAUAAUGAGGAUACAUGAGACAGCCUGGCUGGUAGAUUGUUGUAAUCAGUGACAUGGUCAACACAAAUACUACUGAACACUGUUGAACCCUUGACCAGCAUGGAACCUCAGUUGAAAUGUGUUAUCUGGCAUGUAACACUAGUGCACCUUUUCCGCUGGGUAACGAAAAUCCGUUGAAUUUGAAAAUAGGGUAUUUAUGGAUAUCAAGUCAACAGACGGUACUUUAAAACUGCAAACUUGUGAAAAUACUGCAGUUUGAAACCACCGCCCGUCGACUUGAUAUUUGGUGAAAUAAACUGUUUUUCAACCACGAAUAUAGCGUACCCCACGGGAAUAGGUGAACUAGCAUUACAGGAGUUACUGUUAUGUAGUGAAAACAGAAUUCAUCACAGUAUCUGUUUAAUGUUUGGUCAAUGUUGUCAGAAGUUUGUAGCAUACAAUCUGUUGUCUGACACAACUUUAUUGAAACUAUGGACAGGAUAUCUUUUUCAUACACAAACACGGCCUGAGAUGGGCUGAUAAAGACUUGUUCUGCUGAUGUGUUGUCUGUCAAUAAGACACCUGACUCAAGACCAUGACAUUUUUUUGUGAUUUUAUUACAUUGAUCUCAGUGUGACAUGUUGAUUUUUUCUUGCUGUGGUAUGAUUUGUUUCCCAAUUAUUGAGUACCAUCACAUAAGCUGAAAAGUGAUAUUGUGUAUGUACAAGGAGGUUUAAAAAGGAUCCCAAAGCAAUUACAUGUACAUGUCAUGCAUUAUUUCUUUUGAAAAGACAUAAGAUUUCUGUUUGAAAGACAUGGCAUUAUAUAUGUAUUAAAGAAAAAGGACAUCUGCAAUGUAA